AUGACCGUCAAUCUAGACAAGCUCCCAAAAUUCGCACAAAAGCCCCGCAUUUUCAUUUUGACAGACGUCUUGGGUGAGCCUGGUGAUUCACAAUCUCUCGUUCGAUAUCUACUAUAUUCCAAUGAGUUCAAUACUCGCGGUAUAUGCGCGACGACAUCUACCAAGUUGCGCUCCAGCACUCAUCCAGAGGAACUCCGUCGCAUCAUCACGGCAUAUGGCGAGGUUGUCGACAACCUGAAUAAACACGUGCACCCGAGCUGUCAAUACCCAUCCGCCGCUUCUCUUCUCUCUCUAGUUACAUCGGGACCAAAAAUCUACGGCAAAAAGGCCCUCAAAGAACCCCAUAGCGAAGGCGCACAACGUCUCCUAGCUGCCCUCCAAGAAUCGGAGGAAUCACUCUACAUCUCCGUCUGGGGUGGUGUGAAUACACUCGCUCAAGCACUCAAGCACCUCGCCGAGACAUCUUCCCCCAACUUGGCUGCCAGAGAGCGGGCAAAGCUCCGCGUCUACUCCAAUUCUGAUCAAGAUGACACCGGUGCAUGGAUCCGCGCUAAGUAUCCUGAUGUGUUCUACAUUGUGUCUGUGCAAGGUUGGAACCAAUAUGGCCAGGGUAGCUGGCUAGGCAUGAAUACCAGUGCUGGCGAAGGGGUGGAUUCUACGAAGGUGCUUAACCCAUGGUUGAAUGAGCAUAUCCGGGUUGGGAAGUUCGGGUCCAAGACAUAUCCCGAGGUGGAGUUUGGCAUGGAGGGUGAUACGCCAUCUUUUCUGUGGCUGAUUCAGAAUGGGCUGAGCUACCGGGAUUUUAUAGAUUGGGGUGGCUGGGGGGGCAGAUACGUUCGGCCGCAGGGUGAGGCUGACUGGGAAGAUGGCAUUGAUGGGAAUCAUUUCCAUGAUGCCCAGGACUUUGGUGUUAUCGGAGUUGAUGGGAAAAUUUAUACGGGUCACAAGGAGACCAUUUGGCGAUGGAGGGAUGCCGUUCAAGACGAUUUUGCAGCUCGAAUGCUCUGGACUCUUACGGACAACUUCGAAGAGGCCGGCCAUCCGCCGGUAGUCGAUGUCAAUGGAAGCACUGGCACGGAUCCUUUGAUUCUUGAGGUCAAGCCCGGAGAAACGCAGAUUCUCGCCGCGAGUGGCACGUAUAGUGCAGACAGUUCCACUGCGGAUGAACAUCUGGGAUACACCUGGAUACUCUACGGCGACGUCAACGGCUUCCACUCCUUCGGCAUGGGCCCGGAGGUUCAACUUGAAGCCCUUGACGGCGUUGUAUCAGACACCAAAGGAGGCGAUACUGCAGGAUUUCCCACACACACACGAGCACAAAAGGUUAAGGUUAUGGUGCCACAGCUUGAGAAACAUCCUCAGACGGGUCUUGUCACUCCAGACUUUCAUAUCUUGUUGGAAGUGACCAACAGGGCAGGCAUUUAUCCCAUUCGGCGAUAUAAGAGAAUCAUCUUCUCUUACAUCCGAGAAGAUAAACCGGCGUCUCUCAAAAAGAUACCGGAGAGUGCCAGUGACGCAUAUCAGAUGUAUGGGAAUAUCGAUGCCGCGAGGCCGAGGGUGGACUACUCACAACCGCUCAAUUACACACCCUGCAAUUGGUGGGGAGGGAGGCCAAAGGAGACAAAGAAAUAG